AUGGAUAGCAGCAGUUGGAUCGAUGGCUACACCGCCAACAGCACCGGCGUCGGCGGCAACGGCGGUUUCAUGUGUGGCUACACUGCCAGCCGCUUCCCUUCGGCGUCUCUGUGCAGGGAAGACGAGGAGCAGCAGCAUGAACUGCUCCUCAACGCGCAGAUUCAGCAACACCUCAACCAGAUCAGCAUGCACAUGAGCGCGGACGACGUCGAGCCAGCUGCGUACGGCGGCGCCAUCCAUUCCGUCGACUUCCUCCCAAAUUCUCUCCACGACGCCGGUGCCUCCAGCUUCCCCUCUUCUUCAUCCGCUUCCUCCUCGCUCCACUCCGCCUCGCUCUCCUGCAGCCCAGAGAUCAGCUCCACUGCGGCGCACGUCCUCGCGGCGCCGUCAACCACCGUACAGUUCCCCGAGGUCUCCUCCUUCCUCUGCGACGACUUCACCGACACGCCCGAAGAAAUGGCGCCUGGUGUCAUGUCGACGAGCGCGAGCGCGUUCAGGCGCUACGAGCGGCACCUUGGCCCCCGGCGGAAACUGACGAAGCCGGCAUGCGGGCAGAGGAUGUUCAAGACGGCCAUGUCGGUCGUUGGCAAGAUGCACACGGCCAUGAGGUACAGGCAGCAACAACAGCAGGAGCAGUACUGCUACCAGCAGCAGCAACAGCAGGCGUCGGGAAACCAGCUGCAGCACAUGAUCUCCGAACGCAAGCGCCGUGAGAAGCUUAACGACAGCUUCCACGCCCUCAGAACCGUCCUCCCUCCGGGAUCCAAGAAAGACAAGACAUCGAUACUGAUCAUCGCGAGGGAGUACGUGACCUCGCUCAAGUCCAAGGUCUGUGAGCUCGAGGAGAAGAACCAGGCGCUCCAGGCGCUGCUGGCACGGGGCCCCACCAGCGGCGUCGGCGCCGAGGAAGACAAGAAGGUCGAGAUCCAGAUAACUGCCGCGGGGGGCGAUCAGAACGGGGAGGUUUGCACGGUAAAGAUAGCGGCGAGGCCGGCGCGCGGGAACACGACGGACGUGGUGCUCAGGACGCUGCAGUGCCUGAAAAAUCAGAUCGGGGAAGACGUCAGCCUGCUCUCGAUGAGCACCGACCAAGCCGGCGACGGGCCUCAUGGAGCAAGCCUGACAUUGCACCUCAAGGUAUCGGGAGCGAAGUGGGAAGAGGAGGCCGUCAGAGAAGCCGUGACGAAGGCCGUGACGACUCCGGUGCCGGCCGGUCUCGGCGGCGCUGAGUGA